UGGAAUCCUGAUUUAGAGACCCCCGACGAAAGACACGAGGUGCAAGACGAACGUAUAACGAUCGUGACAAUAGUCAGUGCUGUCCCACUCGAGCUCGUUUGUUCCAUUUAGAAGGCCUAAUAAUGCUUACGGUAAAUACAAGACUUCGACAAGGCACACAUGAUUCAAGUAACGGCUUUGAGAGGGAUCGCACGACGAUCGUUUUCGACAUCAAAAUGUGCGCCAGCACAACAGAUGACUGUAAGAGAUGCUUUGAAUUCUGCCCUGGAUGAAGAGAUGGAAAGAGAUGAGAAAGUAUUUUUACUUGGAGAGGAAGUAGCACUUUAUGAUGGAGCAUACAAAGUUUCUAGAGGUCUUUGGAAAAAGUAUGGGGAUAAACGUGUCAUUGAUACACCAAUCACAGAAGCUGGUUUUGCUGGUAUUGCUGUUGGUGCUGCAAUGGCUGGCCUUCGACCGAUUUGCGAAUUUAUGACUUUCAAUUUUGCUAUGCAAGCAAUCGAUCAAAUAAUUAACUCUGCUGCUAAAACCUUUUAUAUGUCUGCGGGAAAGGUUAAUAUACCUAUUGUUUUUCGUGGUCCAAAUGGUGCAGCUGCAGGUGUAGCAGCUCAACAUUCUCAGUGUUUUGGUGCUUGGUAUAGUCAUUGUCCUGGUUUAAAAGUGGUUUCGCCUUAUAAUAGUGAAGAUGCGAAAGGUUUAUUAAAAGCUGCUAUAAGAGAUCCUGAUCCAGUUGUUGUACUGGAAAAUGAGAUCCUUUAUGGAGUUCAGUAUCCUAUGUCUGACCAAGCUUUGGAUAAAGAUUUCCUUUUACCUAUAGGUAAAGCAAAAAUAGAACGUGUUGGAAAUCAUGUUACUUUAGUAGCACAUUCCAAGGCUGUUGAACAAGCUCUUGAAGCAGCUAAUGAACUUGCUGGAAAGGGAAUAGAAGCAGAAGUAAUCAAUCUUCGUUCCCUUAGACCAUUAGAUAUAGAUACUAUUGUGCAAUCUAUAGUGAAAACAAAUCAUUGUGUUACCGUAGAGCAGGGUUGGCCACAAUGUGGCAUAGGAGCAGAAAUUAGUGCAAGAAUCUCUGAAAGUGAGGCCUUUUAUCAUUUAGAUGCACCAGUAAUCCGUGUUACAGGUGCUGAUGUUCCUAUGCCAUAUGCUAAAAGUUUGGAAAUAGCAGCUUUACCACAAGGCGGCGAUGUAGUAUUUGCUGUAAAUAAAUUAUUAGGGGUAGAGUAGUAAACGGUAGAAA